UUUUACUAGGAUUAAAUGUCAGCAACUGUUAAAAUGGAGCUUAAAUGUACUUGGCUAAGGUGUAUGUAACUGUACAUUAUAACCUAGCCUACAUUACAUAACAUAAAUUAUCUUACUUGUUGCUUUCUGAAUGUAUAAAUUAUUUCCCCCUCAGAUCAAUCAUUCCCAUUUUAGCCCUUCAGUCUACAUUUUCAGAUUUGUUUAGAAAAUAACAGAUUGAUAGAUAAUAGCCUACUUUUAGUGAAUACUAAUAAGUGUGAGACACGGCCUUGUGUUGCUGCACUGUCUAGAACUACCUUAACAAACAGUGACUUAUUAUUAUUAUUGACAGUUACCAUGGAGAAGACUACAAAAUCAUGUGAAUUCAUUAAAUCAUCUGACUGUUUCAAUGUGUCUGUUAGUAAAUGUUUUUAUUUCUUAGAAACAAUUAAUUAUUAUGAACAAUUGACAUUCAAGAAUUAGUUGCCACUACGUUAACCACAACCAACAUGCUGGAUCUCUGUUUAGUUGUCAGAGGUCUAAAAUGAGUCUCUCUGGGGAGAGAGAGGAGGGGGACCCUGCCUCUAAAAUGAGACUCUCUGGGGAACAUGACACCACAGCUAAAAGACCAAUCAAUCAGGAGAGACCAGCCUCCCCUGUACCCAGCGGUCUGUCCAUGAAGAGUGACCGGUCUAUGGGUGUACCUAUAAUGUUUAGAGAGGGAGACUUUUCUACUGGACAAAGAAACCAACAGGAGAGAUCAGAGUCAGAGAUUCUCAGUGGUCAGUCUUCCCAGAGUCAUCAAACAGACCUGGCCUCCAUAUUCAGUUUGCUUGAAGAGAAUUUUAUGACAUUUGUGAACAACGAGCUGAAUAGGUUCAAGAGGAUUCUUAGUCCAGAACUCCCACAAGGCUUUGAGAGUCAGAAGAAGGAUAAGGAAGUGGAUGCUGAAGAUGAGAAGCAGGAGAGCAGUGCCAGAGAGGGGGCUCUGAAGAUCACACUGCACAUCCUGAGGAAAAUGAACCAGAAGGAGCUUGCUGACACACUGGAGAAAAAUGAUCUUGCUGUGAUUUGCCAACGUGAACUCAAAUCUCAUCUAAAGGAGAAAUUUCAAUGUGUAUUUGAGGGGAUCGCUAAACAAGGAAACCCAACACUUCUCAAUAAGAUCUACACAGAGCUCUACAUCACAGAGGGUGGAACAGGAGAGGUCAAUAAUGAACAUGAGCUGAGACAGAUUGAGACAACAACCAGGAAACAAGCAAGACCAGAGACUGCAAUCAAAUGUAAUGACAUCUUCAAACCCUUAACUGGACAAGACAAACUUAUCAGAACUGUGUUGACAAAGGGAGUCGCUGGCAUUGGAAAAACAGUCUCUGUGCAGAAGUUCAUUCUGGACUGGGCUGAAGGAAAAGCAAAUCAGGAUGUCCAAUUUGUAUUUUCAUUCCCUUUUCGUGAGCUGAAUUUGAUGAAAGAGAAAAAACACACUUUGAUUGAACUUCUCAACCACUUCUCAAUGGAAACCAAAGAAUCAAGGAUCUCCAAAUACGACAUGUACAAAAUUCUGUUAAUCUUUGAUGGUCUGGAUGAGUGCCGACUGCCCCUAGACUUCCAGAAGAACAAGAUCUGUUGUGACGUCACAGAGUCAACCUCAGUGGAUGUUCUGCUGACAAAUCUCAUCAAGGGAAAUCUGCUUCCCUCUGCUCUCCUCUGGAUAACUACCCGACCUGCAGCAGCCAAUAAGAUGCCUUCAGGGUGUGUUGACCAGGUGACAGAGGUACGAGGGUUCAAUGACCCACAGAAGGAGGAGUACUUCAGGAAGAGAUUCAGUGAUGAGGACCUGGCCAGCAGAAUCAUCUCACACAUAAAGACAUCAAGGAGCCUCCACAUCAUGUGCCACAUUCCAGUCUUCUGUUGGAUAUCUGCAAUAGUGCUUGAACACAUGCUGAAACAUAAGAGAGAAGAGAUGCCCAAGACUCUGACUGAGAUGUACACACACCUUGUGGUGUUUCAUACAAUAAAGAAGAACGAAAAGUAUCUUGGGAAAGAAGAGACAGGUCCAGACUGGAAUAAAGAGAGCAUUCUGUCACUGGGAAAACUGGCUUUUCAACAGCUUGUGAAUGGCAAUCUGAUUUUCUAUGAAGAAGACCUGAAAGAGGCUGGCAUUGAUGUCAAUGAAGCCUCAGUGUACUCAGGAUUGUGCACACAGCUCUUUAAAGAGGAAUGUGGGCUGUACCAGGACAAGGUGUACUGCUUCGUGCAUCUGAGCAUUCAGGAGUUUCUGGCUGCUGUAUAUGUGUUCCUCUCAUUCAUCAACAACAAUGAGAAUCUAAUGGCCGAACCUCAAUCAACGUCCAGGAACUUUUAUGUGAGGAUCAGACGGAAAAUUAAAGUCACCGUCUACAAGAGUGCUGUGGAUGAAGCCUUACAAAGUGAGACGGGAAACCUGGACCUUUUCCUCCGCUUCCUUCUGGGCCUCUCACUGGAGUCCAAUCAGAAGCACUUACGAGGUCUACUGACAAAGACAAGAAGCAGCUCACAGAGCCAUGAAAAAACAGUCAAGUACAUCAAGGAGAAGAUCAGGGAGAAUCCCUCUCCAGAGAGGUGCAUUAAUCUGUUCCACUGUCUGAAUGAACUGAAUGACCAUUCUUUAGUGGAGGAGAUCCAAAGCUACCUGAGCUCAGGAAGUCUCUCAGAAGCCAAACUGUCACCUGCACAGUGGUCAGCUCUGGUCUUUGUGUUGCUGUCUUCAGAAAAGGAGCUGGAUGUGUUUGACCUGAAGAAAUACUCCAGAUCAGAGGAAGGUCUUCUGAGGCUGCUGCCAGUGGUCAACGCCUCCAGAGCUGCUCUGCUGUCAGGCUGUGGAGUCACGGACAAAGGCUGUGCUUCUCUGGUCUCUGCUCUGAGGUCAAACCCCUCACACCUGAGAGAGCUGGACCUGAGUAACAAUGACCUGAAGGAUUCAGGAGUGAAGCUGCUCUCUGAUGGACUGGGGAAUCCCCACUGUAAACUGGAGACUCUGAGGCUGUCAGGCUGUCUAGUCACAGAGGAAGGCUGUGCUUCUCUGGUCUCAGCUCUGAGGUCAAACCCCUCACAUCUGAGAGAGCUGGACCUGAGCUACAAUCACCCAGGAGACUCAGGAGUCAGACUGCUCUCUGCUGGACUGGAGGAUCCACACUGCAGACUGGAGAAACUCAAUGUGGAACAUGGUGGAGAGAACGCAAUGAAACCUGGCCUUAGAAAAUAUGCCUGUGAUCUCACACUGGACCCAAACACAGUAAACAGACUCCUCUCUCUGUCUGAGGAGAACAGAAAGGUGACAUGUAGGAGACAGGAGCGGCGGUAUCCUGGUCACCCAGAUAGAUUUGAGGACUGUGAACAGGUGCUGUGUAGAGAGGGUCUGACUGGGCGCUGUUACUGGGAGGUAGAGAGGAGUGGGGGAGGGGCUGUUAUGGGAGUGACAUAUAAAGGAAUCAAAAGGAGAGGAGGGGGCAUUGACUGUGGGAUUGGAUACAAUGACAAGUCCUGGAGUCUGGUCUGCUCUGACUGCAGUUACAAGGCCUGUCACAAUAAUAAUCACACUACCAUAGACGUCCCUUCCUCCAGCUCCCACAGAGUAGGAGUGUAUCUGGACUGGCCAGCUGGCACUCUGUCCUUCUACAGAGUCUCCUCUGACACACUGACCCACCUGUACACAUUCCACACCACAUUCACCGAGCCCCUCUAUCCAGGGUUUAGGGUUUAUGAUGUUACCUCCUCAGUGUCCCUUUGUCAAGUGGUCACUGUGUCAAACACAACAUGAUGUUUCACUCUAAUCAUGUGUUUUAUAUUUGAUCACAAUAUGACAUUUAAAUACACGGAGGAACACACACACCAGUUUGGACCAGUUUAUUCCUGGAAAUAAUAACCAUGGUAACUCUGUGUCCGUCUCUUUCUGUGAUCCUGCGCCCUGUGAGAACACACACACACAAACACACACACAGGACACACAUACGCAACAGACACACACACGCACUGGACACACAUACACAUACUGGACACACACACUGGAC